AUGCGUCCUGGACUCCGACACCAAGUGGUUCACAUUCGCUUCUCCGGCGGUAAGAUUGAUUGGCUAGGCAUAGUCGAGGUAGACUGCGUAUAUGAAGGUCGAGAAGUUGUAUGGAGAGGGGGUGAGACAAAAAAGAGGCUCAGCCCCGUUCAACAUGGGCGGUGGUUACAAAACGGCUUCAUUCCCCGAGGAGCACUAUUGGCAUCCCUGUCAGCCUGGGGAGGCUGUGAGUUCUGUGCAUGGCUGCUAGGUACACUGGUACAGUCAAUGAUACCUCGAAGCGCCUCCGCCAGCGGCUGGUUGGUCAAUUGGACUGAACGAACAGCCAGGCAUUUCCCCGAGGGAGCAGGUGAACGUCAUCCACGAGUAAAAAUGGCCUGGUGUUUGAACUUGGAAGACAGGAGCAACGAAGCGUCCAUGGUUUGUAAUCCACAAUAUCGGAGGGAGGAGGAAUAUUCAAUAGAGGCUCGUUCCGGUGCCUGGGGCCUCUACGGAGACCCACACCGACCCGAGCCCGCCAAUCACAAAGGGGAAUGGCCUUAUGACUCACACCUGCUGACCGCAUAA